GCCAAAACAAUAAAAGGACGAUCGUCCCUUCAGAUUAUUCUAAGAAACAAAACCCUAAAAAGAUCGAGUCGGCGAAUCGUGAUCAGUACGCUCGCUUGUGUGAUCUUCCAUCCACCGGUCGUCAAUCGAUCCGAUGCCGUCGUCUUCCAAUUCCACCGCCAGGAAGAAAUUUUUUUACCAGGAUGAUGACGACGAUGAAUUUCCGUCGUUGCAGUACUACGCCGACAGCCGGUGCAAAUGCUGCCGAGAGCUUGACAGCAGGGAUAUGAAGCCACAGCCCGACGACGACGACUUUAUAUCGCCCACUGACGAUUUUGAGGGCGAUGAACUUCUAAAGCUUCACGUCAUCCACUACCGGAGGAAGAAGUGGGAGACCGGGUGUUGGGACAUUGAUUGCCCGCCGGAUUACGGGGGCAUCGGUGGAAUAGCUUACCCUGGAAAGCAUCUGUACGGAGACGAUAUGAAGUCGGACAAGCUGCUUAACGACAUGGCUAAACACGUCGUCGAUACAUAUAACAAGGAGAAGGGCGGUAAGUUGGUCUUCGUUGGAGUGCGGAACGUAUCCGCAGAGGGUUGUAAUUGGAGGAACUUCUACAUAACUUUUGGUUGCCGCAAUGGAAGUGGUGUGCGUAAAAAGACUAGGAUGCGUGUGAAGACUUAUAGAGCCGUCGUUACCUGUCGCAUUUGGAGCGACAAAAAGGAGAAGAGAAUUUUGGUCUUCAGGGACGCCAGUGGGAAAGAUUUGCUGCCGCCAGAUCGCUUCUACGGGCCUCUCACAACGCCUUUCUAUCGUCAUCCUGCACUAGCUGGUAGGAAGGAUCUCAAAAAGGAAUCCGGAGGAGUGGUAGGUAAGAACUCAGAUGCUGAAGGUGGUGAUAAGGAGGAUCUCGAGAAGGAAUCCGGAGGAGUGGUAGUUGGGAACUCAGAUGCUGAAGAUGGAGUUGUUUGUCAGUAGGAUUUUCAGAGGAUAAGUUUAGUAUUAGUUUAACUAGGUCUUUUGUGGAACGAUGGAGUUGAAGCCUGCUAUAUUAUCUGUCUACGUUUAUCAUUAGGAUUCCAGAGGGAUAUUCAUGUGGAAUGUUGAAGUAGAAACACAUGUUAACUAUGUUUGCUUAUCGAUCAUCAUAUGAUAUUUUACCUCAUCCUGGUAUGUGUGGAUGAAGCCUAUGAAUGACUUUGUUCUCUAUAUAUCCGGUGAAAUGAAUGUAUCUAAUAGUGGUGUGUGUUCAAUCACCCCUCUCCUGAAACUUCUCUGCUCUGUUUGUUCUUGCUCUAGCGCUGUUAAGGGUUUUAGUUGGUGGGUCACUGUUUGCUAACAAGAAAAUGGGCUUUUGGGUCAGGAUUCAGGAAGCAG